GGUGGCACGCAGGGACCAUCCACCCUGCUUACGGCAGACAGAAAGAAUCCUUGCUGCCUGCCAUGCCUGUCUCUACAGUUCUCUUAAAAUGCCCGCUCUUUUUGGUUUAGCCUUGUCCUUAUUUCCCCUCUUUCUCUCACACCAGCGCUCUCACAGGUUCCUGCAGCACUAACUGGGCAGCUGGUGACCGGGCGCAGCUACCGUAACCGUGCUUUACACCGGGCACUGCCCCCGCCAGGCAGCAACACCGAGGGGACCGUGUCCACGGUGCGGUGAAAGUGGCCGAGACCCAGGACAGGAGACCGUUUCCUUGAAGUCCAGUUAAUAACUUUAAUCCCUUAAUUGCAUGUAAGUGCAAUAACUCAAGCAUGUCAGUCAUUCCACUUCGCUCUCUGUGCCGCUGGCUGCUCUUUGUAACUACAGUUCUGUGACCCGAAAAGGGAUUUCUAUUACAGAUGGGGCACAACUAGCGAUAAUGUAAGCGUUACCUUUUUUCCUCCUGGUGCAGAAGCCCAGGUUAGUAAAUCUGGAGGCGGCAUUACGGCGGCAUACUUCAGAGAGUGUAUGUCCCGUGGGGAGCCCUCACUGGCGGAGAUGUGAAGCAGAAGGUGACAGACGCUCUGCGCGCCCAACCCUGCCCCCGGGGCUGGGACGGGCUGUCGGAGGCCGCCGAAGACCCCAGACCUGCCCGCCGAGGAGCCGCGCCGGCCGGGAGCGAGGGGGACGGGGACAGGGAGCGGGACCGGUAGCGACGGGGUGUGUGUGACGGCCGCUCCGCUCCGCGGCGCCAGCAGCCCCGGUCCCGCUGCCCGCGCGACAGCAGGGCAGGGAGCGGCGGGACCUCACCGGCAGCGACACGCCCCAGCGGCAGGUAUGCGAAAUGGAAAAUCCUGAAGUGGCUGUGAGCAGCUGCAGUGCUCAAGAUGAUGAAAACCUUUGCAGUUACAAACGACACCUGUCAAUAUCACAGGAGGGAAUUUUGGAAGACCAGCUUAGAAGGAAAUUAAAAUUCUUCUUCAUGAACCCAUGUGAGAAAUUCUGGGCCCGGGGCAGGAAACCUUGGAAACUUGGGAUUCAGCUACUCAAAAUAGCAAUGGUUACUGUUCAGCUGGUGGUUUUUGGACUGAGCAAUCAAAUGGUGGUUGCCUUCAAAGAAGAGAACACUGUUGCAUUCAAACAUCUCUUCUUGAAAGGAUACAUGGACAGAAUGGAUGAUACCUAUGCUGUAUACACACAAACAGAUGUCUAUGAUCAGAUAUUCUUUGCAAUAAACCAGUACUUACAGCUGCCCAACAUCUCUGUUGGAAACCAUGCUUAUGAGAAGAAGGGAGCAGAAGAGACAGCUCUGGCCCUCUGUCAGCAGUUCUACAAACGAGGAAUCAUCUCUCCUGGAAAUGACACCUUUGAUAUAGACCCAGAGAUUGUGACUGACUGCUUGUAUGUUGAGCCAAUGAUACCAUUAGACAACACAACAGUGGGAAAGCACAAUUUGAAUUUCACUCUGGAUUUCCACAGACUGGUGAUGGUGCAGCUCAAGUUCAAUUUGAAGGCAGUCAACCUCCAGACUGUUCGUCACCACGAGCUCCCUGACUGUUACGAUUUCACUCUAAGGAUAGUGUUUGAUAACAAAGCACACAGUGGAAGAAUCAAAAUAAGUCUAGACAAUGACAUAGAGAUCAGGGAAUGUAAAGACUGGCAUGUUUCUGGAUCAAUACAGAAGAACACUCAUUACAUGAUGAUCUUUGAUGCUUUUGUUAUAUUGACUUGUCUGGCUUCACUAAUCCUUUGCACACGAUCAGUGGUUAAAGGAAUUCAGCUCCAAAGGGAAUUUGUAAGCUUUUUCCUAUAUUAUUAUAAGAAAGAAGUAUCUUUCAGUGAUCAAAUGGAAUUUGUCAAUGGGUGGUACAUCAUGAUUAUGGUCAGUGAUGUCUUAACUUUUGUUGGAUCAACUCUGAAGAUGGAGAUACAAGCCAAGAGUCUGACAAGUUACGAUGUGUGUAGCAUACUUCUCGGAACAUCGACUAUGCUUGUGUGGCUUGGAGUCAUUCGCUACCUAGGUUUCUUUCAGAAGUAUAAUCUUCUCAUCCUAACACUGCGAGCAGCAUUACCCAAUGUAAUGAGGUUCUGCUGUUGUGCUGCUAUGAUCUACUUGGGCUACUGUUUCUGUGGAUGGAUUGUGCUGGGACCGUACCAUGUGAAGUUUCGCUCUCUGAACAUGGUUUCUGAAUGCCUUUUUUCACUGAUCAAUGGAGAUGACAUGUUUGCUACCUUUGCAAAAAUGCAGCAGAAAAGUUACUUGGUUUGGUUAUUCAGUAGGAUCUACCUCUACUCUUUCAUCAGUCUGUUCAUCUAUAUGGUGCUGAGUCUCUUCAUUGCACUCAUUACAGAUACAUAUGAAACUGUCAAGCACUACCAGCAAGAUGGCUUUCCAGAGACAGAACUUCAGAGAUUUAUAUCACAGUGCAAAGACUUGCCAAACUCUGGCAGGUACAGGUUAGAGGAGGAGAGCUCUGCAUCCCUCUUCUGUUGCUGUAAUGGUUGUAAUGAACAUAUGUAGUGGAUUGUGGGAAUGUAUCAUGGAGCCUUUAGAGGAGCACAUAUUGCAAGAACUGUAACGUGGAGCUUGUGGAAAACCUUAUACCUAAAGCCUGAAUUUGCUCUUCUCAAAAAACAGUGUAAGCCUGUGGCAGAAGCUUAUGGUAAACUUUCUGAUUAGGCACUCUCGUUACUAGUUCAGGGGUUUGGGGGUUGGUUUUUUUAUUAGCUUUGUUCUAUUUGUUUCCUCAGUUAAAUUGCGCAGAGGGCAUUAAAGAGCUGUCUUGUGUUCAGAGACUUGGCUAGAUUAUGUGAGUAGACUAGAAAUGCACUAACUUUCAACAAGUAAAAAUAGUGCUAGACAACCAUAACUUUGAACAUCAACUUAGCCCUCAGUACUGCAGGCUUUAUCUGGCUAUGGCUGACCCAUCACCGAAUGAAUGAAAGCUCACUCUAGAGCUCUCAGCAUCUUUUGUUUAUCUGCACUCAUAGUACAAAUAAACGAAAGCUAUAAAGUUUGGUAUAAUUUGGUUCUGGAGACAUUACAGCGAAUGUAUGCACAACCCAUUCAAAUACAGCUGAGAGCAUAAACCAGGUAUUUUUAUAAGCAUAAGUACCACUUGAUGUAAAUAGCAGCCUCUUUGCAGAGAGGCCAGAGGUAUGACAGGCCAGAACUGAAGCUUGAGGGGCGAGUUGAGGGGAGAAAUGUAGGUGUUCUCCUAUACCCAGAGCUGGGUAGGAUCAGUUACAGUCUUCAGCUUCACAGUGUGCUGACCUUACAUUUUUAAAGGAAAAGUCAGACAAAAGCACUUUCAAAAUAUCUAUUUUUUUAAUUUGAAAUCUUCCUCUGGUACACAAGUCUGUAAACCUGAAGUCUAAACUAAUUUAAAUACACAGAAGAUAGGUUUCUGAGAGUCAUAUCUCUCCAUACUUUAGAAAUGGGAUGUUUCCUACCAAUCUAAUAACCUGGUACUGUCGGUUGCUGUCUUAGACAUUAGAUCUUAUAAAAGUUCAGUUUUCACAACUUAGUUUAUGGAUAUUGUUGAUUGUGAUACCAUUUAAUGGAUGCCUUAUUUUCUGUAGUCCAUUCACUCUGGGAGCAGAAAAGAAAACCAAAGGGAAGCAUAUUUUAGAUAACUUACAUUUGUGAGCAACAUUCCUGUAGUGGUGUGUGAUAAUGUAUAAUGCUGUGCACAAAAGUGGAGGACACUAAACAUGUUCUUUCUGAAUGUUUAAACAUUGUAAAUGUGCUACAAUAAACAGUUCCAGCUGCAGUAUGAA